UCAACACAGCAGCUCUCCCAGCCCUAGACAGCAGCCCUAGCCAGAGGCAUGCGGCUGCCCCGCUUCUCCAACACUGUCGUGCUCUCACUCCUGAUAACCCAGACCUGCAUCCUGAUCUUCCUGGUCUCCCGCCAAACGCCGUUGUCCCCAGCAGGCCGUGGGGGGCGUGUGCACGUGCUGGUGCUGUCCUCGUGGCGCUCGGGCUCGUCUUUCGUGGGCCAGCUCUUCAGCCAGCAUCCAGAUGUCUUCUACCUGAUGGAGCCAGCUUGGCACGUGUGGGAUACCCUGUCGCGGGGCAGCGCCCCAGCGCUCCAGAUGGCCGUGCGCGACCUGGUGCGCUCGGUGUUCCUCUGCGACCUGGACGUGUUCGAUGCCUACCUGCCCUGGCGCCGCAACAUCUCGGAUCUCUUCCAGUGGGCGGUGAGCCGCGCCCUGUGCUCGCCUCCCGUCUGCAACGCCUUCGCCCGUGGCAACAUCAGCAGCGAAGAGGUGUGCAAGCCUCUGUGCGCCGCUCGGCCCUUCGCUCUGGCCCAGGAAGCCUGCAGCUCCUACAGCCACGUGGUGCUCAAGGAAGUGCGCUUCUUUAACCUGCAGGUGCUGUACCCGCUGCUCAGCGACCCCGCGCUCGACCUGCGCAUCGUGCACCUGGUGCGCGACCCGCGGGCCGUGCUGCGCUCCCGGGAGCAGACGGCCAAGGCGCUGGCCCGGGACAACGGCAUCGUCCUGGGUACUAACGGCACGUGGGUGGAGGCGGACCCUGGGCUGCGCGUGGUCAGCGAGGUGUGCCGCAGCCAUGUGCGCAUCGCCGAGGCCGCCCUGCGCAAGCCACCGCCCUUCCUGCGGGAUCGCUACCGCCUGGUGCGCUACGAGGAUCUGGCCCGGGACCCGCUCAGCGAGAUCCGUGGACUCUACGCCUUCACGGGCCUGAGCCUCACGCCGCAGCUCCAGACCUGGAUCCACAACAUCACGCACGGCUCAGGCCCAGGCGCGCGCCGCGAGGCCUUCAAGACCACGUCCAGGGAUGCGCUCAGCGUGUCCCAGGCCUGGCGCCACACGCUGCCCUUUGCCAAGAUUCGGCGGGUCCAGGAGCUGUGCGCCGGCGCCCUGCAGCUGCUGGGCUACCGACCCGUGCACUCCGAACUUGAGCAGCGGGACCUCUCUCUGGACCUCCUGCUGCCAAGGGGCAUGGACAGUUUCAAGUGGGCUUCGUCCACCGAAAAGCAGCCGGAGUCUUAAGAGUUUGGGUGGGGAGUCCCAGCUCUGACGGUAGGGUCUAGCGGAGUAUGAUGAAG